UGUGGACUAUUUCAUAAAGGAUAAACCAAUAUCGACACCGUGAAUAAUUUUCAAGAUGGCGUCUGAUUUGUUUGGGAAAGGCAACGAAGCAUUUAUAAAUGAGCAGUACGAAUCAGCUAUCAAGCUCUAUACACAAGCAUUGGAACAUGAACAGAACAGAGAUGACAUCUACAGUAACCGAGCCCAGGCGUAUCUUAAACUGGAGAGAUACAAAGAGGCUGUUGAAGAUGCAAUAGAUGCCAUCAACUUAAAUCAAGACAAUGUAAAAGCGCAUCAUAGAAAAGGCACUGGAUUGUUCCAUUUGGAGGAUUAUCAGUCAGCGAAAGAAGCCUUCCGGCAUGGAUUGAAGUUAGAUGCUGAAGACAGCUUCAAUUUUAAAAUGUGGAUUCGGAAAUGUGAAGCUGAGCUGGAUUUGAAAAAGAGUGUUGAAAGUGGAGGUCAAGGGGAAAUUGGAGUUUCAGAAACUAAGACUACAGUUGCAGAUAGCCAGCCCAGCGAGCCUAAACCAGUAACACCAGAGCCUCAAAUUAUAAUCCCUGAAAAACCCAAACUGAAGCAUGACUGGUACCAGACAGCUACUCAUGUGAUGGUCAAUAUUUUCUACAAGAACUGCAAGCAAGAGAAUGCAAAUAUAGAAAUACAGGAUAGACUGCUGAAGGCAGACCUGAUCCUUCCCAAUGGCGAGCCAAUAGAACUGAAGUUUUCCCCGCUCGCCCAUCCUGUAAACCCGAGUGCUUCCAGCUUCAAAAUUUUGAAAUCUAAGAUAGAGGUUAAGUUGAAAAAGAUGGAGGGUCUACAGUGGAAGGAGCUGGAGGGAGAGGAGGAACUCGCACCGGCACACCCAGCUUCAGACCCGAUGCAGUACCCCUCAUCCAGUCACUACACUCGUAACUGGGAUAAGCUUAGUAAGGAGGCAGAAAAGGAAGAAAAGGAGGAGAAGAAGGAAGGGGAUGCGGCACUGAACGACCUCUUCAAGCAGAUAUACUCGGACGGAACGGAGGAAACAAAACGAGCUAUGAUGAAAUCAUUUUACGAGUCCGGUGGCACAGUUUUGAGCACGAACUGGAACGAGAUCGGUGCCAAGCAGACCGAAGUAAAACCCCCAGACGGCAUGGAGUACAAGAAAUGGGAGUCGUAACACCAGCAAAUAUUGGAUGUACCAAACCAAUCCUGUCUUUCCUUAUAUCGACAUAUAGCAAUCCUAGGGCUGGCUGUGUGCUUGCAUUUUAAGGUUGAUGAAAGAUUUCAUGUGAUAUCUGACACAAGUAAUUUUGUUUUCGUCUAUGGUUUGUGUUUCAUUCAUGUUUACAACAAUCAAGUCUGGUUUAUGAUGCAGCUUUUGUUUCAUUCAAGGAAAGGAAAAAUUUGAUUUUUAAAUGUAUCAUUUUUUUGUGUCAGAAUGUAAUAUAUGUACUAAAACUAGUGUCUUUGGCAGCAAUUAAUAUGGGAAUAAUUGUUACAGGUAUAUUAGUUUCACUUGUCUCUUGCAUAAUAUUACAUUUACAAGGUAUCUGAUGAAUGCCCUUGAAACAAAUUUACAAUAUAUGUGUUGAAUAAAUUUAGAAGAGUUUAUUAUUAGAUAACCUUUGAUAGGCUAUCAUAAGAUUAACUGAUGAUUCAUAAUUUCAGGGCCUCUGCUUUGAACGAGUAUAAUUGAAUUGUUAUCAAUACUUUAUUCCCACUAGUGUUAAUCUGUGUGUGUGUGUGUGUGUGUGUGUGUGAAAUGUUCUGUCCAUGUGUAUAGUCUACAGUUUUUCUUGGAAGUAGUGCUUUGAAGUAACUGUGUUACCUUUAAGGGCCUUCCACAGUGCAAAAGUGUGUGGAGAAGGCCAAAAAUUAAAAUGUUUCAAAAGUUCAUGUUUUAUUUAGGGUUGACUAUUCUGACACAAAAACAAAUUCAUUUUGUAUAGAGAUGUUUGCACGUUUUUCAUUAAAAAACUGAUAAUCUUCUUUCGUAAAACUUCAAUUUCUAAUCACACAUAAACAUGUUGCAACGGGGGUAUGUAUUAUGCUUGGAUAAAUAUCCUCAAAACAAAAUUUAAAAAAAACGCGUUUGGCACGGUGGAAGGCCCUUGAAAAGAAUAAGCGUAAAACCCCAUUCAGUUGAAGAUUGAAUGUAUACAAAAUCAUCAUUAUCAUUGUCAAAUUUUCUGUUAUUAAUAGUUGGAUGUUUAAAUAUUUGAAUAAUAGAUGUUAAUUGUUAAGAUGAAUUUGUUUGAAAUGAACCAAACCAUUCAAGUGAUCUGUAAUAUAACAAUAAAAGUGUUAAAUGAAACACA